AUGGAGUCGAUCAUGUGCAAAGCUCUGGAGUACACUCUCAAGUACUGGCUCAAAUCGUUCUCACGAGAUCAGUUCAAGUUGCAGGGUCGCACCGCUCAGCUUUCCAAUCUAGAUUUGGAUGGGGAUGCGGUGCACUCCAGCAUUGGAUUUCCACCAGCGCUUAGUGUCACCACCGCCAAAGUUGGCAAACUGGAGAUCAUGAUAGAGCCGAUCAUCGUGCAAGUUGAUAGGCUAAAUUUGGUUCUUGAAGAGAAUUCUAAUUUUCAGCCAUCUGAAAAUCCAACCAGUCGCACGACAUCAAGUGCCUCCUCAAAGGGUAGCGGCUAUGGUUUUGGUGAUAAGAUUGCAGAUGGAAUGACUGUACAGAUUCGUGUGGUUAAUCUCUUACUCGAAACUCGUGGAAGUUCUUGCUGCCAAGGAGGAGAAACAUGGACACCACCUGUGGCAUCUAUCACCAUACACAAUCUUAUAUUGCAUACCACAAAUGAAAGUUGGGAGGUUGUAAAUCUUAAAGAGGCACGAGAAUUCUCCAGUAAUAAGAAGUAUAUAUACGUCUUCAAAAAACUAGAAUGGGAAUCUAUGUCUAUUGAUCUUUUGCCUCAUCCUGACAUAUUCACGGAUUCUACUAUAGGCCACUCUCAAGAGGGAGCAACCUUGAGAGAUAAUGACAGUGCAAAGAGAGUAUUGUUUGGAGGCGGGCGAAUAAUAGAAGGAAUAUCAGGAGAAGCAUUUAUCACAGUUCAGAGAACUGAGCUGAACAGUCCAUUUGGACUUGAGGUUCAGUUUCAUGUCACUGAAGCUGUUUGUCCUGCAUUAAGUGAACCAGGACUCCGUGCGCUUCUCCGCUGUAUACAAGGAUUAAAUAUCUGUCUAAAUAGGGGAAAAGUAGAUGUCAAGGCUCAGCAGCGAUCAACUGAAGCUGCCAGGCAUUCUGUUGUCUCAAUUGUUGUGGACCAUAUAUUUCUUUGCCUUAAAGACUCUGAGUUCCAGCUUGAGCUUUUAGUGCAGUCCUUCCAAUUUUCUCGGGCCAGUCUUUCUAAGGGAGAUAGUGAUAGUAACUUGACCAGAAUUACAAUUGCAGGAGUAUUUUUAAGUUGUUUUUGGGAUAAAAAGGCUGUUUACAAUUUGCAAGUGUUUGUUGAGACAGUAGCUGAAAUAUCUAGAAGCUUUUGCCCUUCCAUAUAUCCACUAAAAGAACAGCAAUGGCAAUCAAUUGUGGGAACUCCUCUAAUAUGCCUCCAUUCUAUUCAGAUCGUGCCUUCUCCUCUUCCACCAUCCUUUGCUUCUGAAACUGUUAUUGAUUGUCAACAUCUAAUGAUUCACCUUCAAGAAGAAUCCUACCUUAGGAUAUCAUCAUUCUUAGCUGAUGGUAUUGAUGUCAAUCACAGUGACAUUUCGCCAGAUUUCUCAGUAAAAUCUUUUAAUUUCACUCUGAAGGGUCUGGAUCUUACAGUUCCUUCGGAUAAGACCCAACUGGAUAUUUCUAAAACCAAUAUGAACAAUGCAGUCAAGACCUCCUUUGCUGGAGCAAGGCUACAUAUUGAAAAUCUUUUCUUUUUAGAUUCACCGUCAUUGAAACUGAGAAUACUGAACCUCGAGAAGGAUCCUGCUUGCUUCUGUCUUUGGAAGGAUCAACCAAUUGAUGCCAGUCAAAAGAAGUGGACUGCGGGAGCAUCCCAGCUUACUUUAUCUCUGGAAGCAAGUACUGACAAGCUUGGACAGCAGAGCUCUCUCGGAUGGACAUCUGGAUUGUGGAGAUGUGUUGACCUGAUAGGUGCUCGCAUAGAAGUAGCUAUGGUAACUGCUGAUGGUAGUUCCUUGUUAAAGGUUCCUCCUCCCGGGGGUAUUGUGAGGGUUGGUAUUGCUUAUGAACAAUGUCUAUUCAACACUUCAGUUGAACAGUUUUUUUUUGUCCUGAAUUUCUAUGAUUAUUUUGGGAGAGUUAGUGAGAAAAUAGCCAUAGCUGGAAAAAAGAAACAAUUGAAAGAUGUUAGAAACAAAUCUUUUAGUGGAAAUCUGAUGGACAAGAUUCCCAGCGAUACUUCUGUAAGUUUGACAAUAAACAAUCUCCAACUUCAAUUUCUCGAGUCGUCUUCUGUGAAUUCUGAGGGAAUGCCUCUAGGACAGUUUGUCGGGGAUGAUUUAUAUGUUACUGCCACUCAUAGAACGCUAGGUGGUGCUAUUGCUGUUUCAUCCACAUUAAAUUGGGAGAGAGUUCAAAUAGAUUGUGCGGAAUCUGAAGAACACUUGGCAUGUGAAAAUGACCCAUAUUUUAGUACUGGAGAAACUGUUCCCUCAAUAAGUGACAAUGGACACCCUAAACUGAGACCUGUUUUCUGGGUGCAUAACAAAAAGCAACUACUUAAUGAAAAUGAACUUUCAUCACCCUUCCCCUUCCUAGACAUACGUAUGGAGCAAGUAAUACCAUUUUGUGUAGUAGACACGGAGUCACAUACUUUAAAUGUCUCAGCUUUUGUAUCUGGUGUUCGUCUUGGUGGGGGAAUGAACUACUCUGAGGCCCUCCUGCAUCGAUUCGGAAUACUAGGGCCUGAUGGUGGUCCAGGGAAGGGGUUGUCUAAAGGAUUCGAGAACUUACAAACUGGACCAUUGGCAAAACUUUUUAAGACAACACCUCUGAUUGUUGAUAAUUUAGAAAAUGUUGAAUCUAUGAAAGAAGGGAAAGAUACCAGUUUUCCACACUUGAAGAAGCCAGAUGUUGUGGACAUAACUAUAGAGUUGAGAGACUGGUUAUUUGCUCUUGAAGGCACACAAGAGGUGGCUGAAAGAUGGUGGUUCUCAAGCCAUGAUUCAAACAGAGAAGAGAUGUUUUGGCACACAACUUUUCAUACUUUGCGAGUAAAUGCAAAAAGUUGCCCAAAGAAUGUUUCAAAGAGAAAAGCACAAUCACACAGAAUACAACUGUAUCCUGUGGAACUGGUUACGGUUGGAGUUCAAGGGUUGCAGAUCAUGAAGCCUCAUAUCCAAAAGGACAUUCCUUCAUCAAUUAUAAUUGCAAAUGGAGUUAAACAAUUCAGUGACAAAGUUGAGGGACUUGAUCUUGAAGUAGGCAUGAUAUUGUGUGAGGAUAAUGAAGAUGGUGAAAUGGUUAAUUGGGAAGUGGAGAAUCUCAAGUUUUAUAUAAGACAACCGAUUGAGGCAGUUGUAACCAAGGAAGAGGUCAAACACUUCAUUUUUCUAUGCAAGUCUGAAAUUGAUUCUGUGGGCCGAAUAACCGCUGGAAUUUUACAGCUAUUUAAGCUAGAAAGUUCUGUCGCCCAGUCUGUAAUUCAUCUGCUUGGCAACCUAGGAAGUGAGGACAUUGACAAGAAUUUUUCUCCUGAGAAGCCUGGCGUAGAUACUAGCUUUUCUAGCCGAGGCCUCUCUCUGAUACAAAAUCCAACAAAUGAAAGCACAAGAAAAACUAUGGAACCAACAUUAAUUUUGCUUGAGGAAGCAGUUGCCGAUUCACAGUCUAAGAUUAAUGCUUUGAUAUCUGACAUUGGUACUUCUGAGUCUUCUUUUCAGCACCUUACUGUUGUGAAAGAACUCGGUCAAAAGAUUGAGUCGAUGCACGGUUUAGUCAGUGAUCCUCUAAGCUCAGAUGUGGAAAGUGUUAUGCAAAAACUUGAUUCUGUUUCCCACUGA